AUGGCAUCGGCGUACUAUGAGUUCUAUCGCGGCUCCUCGAUCGGAAUGGCGCUUACGGACUCGCUCGACGAGCUCAUCACGAGCGGCGCUAUCACCCCGCAGUUGGCCAUGAAGGUGCUGCAGCAGUUCGACAAAUCGCUUGCGGACAUCAUGGUGAAGCAGGUGAAGACGAAGACGACGCUCAAGGGUCACCUCCACACCUACCGCCUCUGCGACGACGUCUGGACUUUCAUAGUAAAGGACCCCACGUUCAAGAUGGAGUCGAACGAGCUAGUCUCUGCGCCGAAAAUCAAGAUCGUCGCCUGCAAGAACGGCGACGCCAUAGAGGCCGGAAAGAAGUAG